AUGUCCCCGUUCUUGGACAGCAUCGCCACCAUCGUCGGCGUCUUCCAGCAGCACGCCCGGGGAGAUGGGGACGGCUCCGCGCUCAGCCGCAGGAGGAUGAGGGAGCUCAUCCAGAGGGAAUUCACAGAUUCCCUGGUGAAGCCACACGACCCUCAGACCAUCGAGAAGAUCCUGCAGUUUCUGGAGUGGGAUGGGGACGGGGACAUUGAUUUUAACGAGUUCCUCCUCCUGGUGUUCCGGGUAGCCAAGUGCUGCUUCUGGUUCCAGCCAAGGGCCCCGUUCCUGGUGCAGAGGACAAAGCUCCCGACCGGCGGAAAAUCCCUCCGGGAGCCGGAAUUCAGGAGCAGAGGGAGCCGCCGGCAGCUCCAGGAGGAGGAGGAGGAGGAGGAGGAACGAGAAACCUGGGAGAGGAAUCAUGAAGUUGAGCUGCAAGGAGACCUCAGGGUCAGGGAGGUGGAAAUCUCGGAGGAAACGAGGAGGGAUCAGCAGGAACGUUGCAGGCGGAGCGGGAAGGAUGCAGAACCACGCGUGGAGCUGAUCCCUCAGGAAUACUGGGAACGGAGCCAGGAGCUGUGUGAGCGGCGGGAGAGCUGGAGAAGGCAGCAGCCCCCGGAGCCGGACAGACGAGAGGGAGAGAGGAGAGACUGGGAGGGGCUCCAGGAGGAAGAACCAGCAGACGUGAGGACGGGCAGGCAACGCCGAGAACCCCAACCACGGCCGGACCGGUGGAGCUGCCAGGAGCCAGGGCGUGAUGAAAGAACCCAGCGGCCACGAGGAGGAGAUGGGGAAGGUGACAAUUGGCCACGGGAACCCGAAUUCCUCCGGGAAGAGAGGAGCCGCCACCGCUGGCGUGAGCUAGAACAAAGAGAGCUGGAAGGGAGAAGCUGCCGGGCUGCUGAGCUGGAAUGUCCGGAGUCCAGGCGGCCACAUCAGUCAUACCUGGAGGAACCGUUAGAGAUCGACCUCGGGGAACAUGGGAGAACAGAGCCAGAGGAACGCAGCCACAGACAGAGAACAAAGCAGGAACGGGAGCUGGAAUCUGAGCUGGAGGUGGAGGUGUCGGAGCAACGGACAUGGGAAAGGGAGGAAGAAGUGGCCAGAGUCAGGCGGGGAGAGACACGGGAGAGACGAGAGCGUGAAAUUCGUGAGGCUGAAGCUGAUGGAAGGAGACAGAGAGAAUCAGUGAGGUACGAGAGGGAGAGAGAGAUCUCAGUGGCAGCUGCAGAAGCUGACAUCAAAGUGCGCCGUGAGAUCCGGCAACGAGGUGAGGAACUGAGAAGGAGAGAACGUCCCUGUGAUGGUGAAGAAGACAGAAGAAUUUACCCCAGAAGAGACAGGGAAGAGCCGCUGAGGGAGAGGAGAAUUGAUCGGGAACAGGAGCUGGAGGUGGAGCGCAGGACACGGGAAAGGGAGGAAGAAGAGGCCGCCAUUAACCUGAGAGAGACACGAGAGCGGGAAAUUCAUGAAUUUGAUGAUGGAAGGAGACAGAGAGAAUCAGUGAGGUACGAGAGGGAGAGAGAGAUCUCAGUGGCAGCAGCAGAAGCCGACGUCAAAGUGCGCCAUGAGAUCCGGGAACGGGAGCCACGAGAGGAGCUGAGAAGGAGAGAAUAUCCCUGCAAGCCUGAGGACAAAGAGAGGAGAAUUUCCCGGGUCAGAGAAAGGGAAGAAGCCGUGAGGGAGAGGAGAAUUGAUCAGGAACGGGAGCUGGAGGUGGAGGUGUCUGAGCGCCGGACAAGGGACAGGGAGGAAGAAGUGGCCAGAGUCGGCCAGAGAGAGACACGGGAGAGACGAGAGCAUGAAAUUCGUGAACUUGAUGAUGGAAGGAGACAGAGAGAAUCAGUGAGGUACGAGAGGGAGAGAGAGAUCUCAGUGGCAGCUGCAGAAGCCGAUGUCAAAGUGCACCGUGAGAUCCGGCAACGAAGUGAGGAGCUGAGAAGGAGAGAACGUCCCUGUGAUGGUGAAGAAGACAGAAGAAUUUGCCCCAGAAGAGACAGGGAAGAGCCCCUGAGGGAGAGGAGAAUUGAUCGGGAACAGGAGCUGGAGCUGGAGGUAUCUGAGCGCUGCACGCGGGAAAGGGAGGAAGAAGAGGCCGCCAUUAACCGGAGAGAGACACGGGAGAGACGAGAGCAGGAAAUUCGUGAACUUGAUGAUGGAAGGAGACAGAGAGAAUCAGUGAGGUACGAGAGGGAGAGAGAGAUCUCAGUGGCAGCAGCAGAAGUCGACGUCAAAGUGCGCCGUGAGAUCCAGGAACGGGAACCACGAGAGGAGCUGAGAAGGAGAGAACGUCCCUGUGAGCCUGAGGAGGAAGCAGAACCAGAGAGGAGAAUUUCCCGGGUCAGAGAAAGGGAAGAGGCCGUGAGGGGGGAGAGGAGAAUAAAUCGGGAACGUGAACUGGAGGUGUCUGAGCGCCGGACACGGGAAAGGGAGGAAGAAGUGGCCAGAGUCGGCCAGAGAGAGACACGUGAAAUUCGUGAGGCUGAAGAUGAUGGAAGGAGACAGAGAGAAUCAGUGAGGUUUGAAAGGGAGAGAGAGAUCUCAGUGGCAGCUGCAGAAGCCGACGUCAAAGGGCGCCGUGAGAUCCGGCAACGAGGUGAGGAGCUGAGAAGGAGAGAACGUCCCUGUGAUGGUGAAGAAGACAGAAGAAUUUGCCCCAGAAGAGACAGGGAAGAGCCCCUGAGGGAGAGGAGAAUUGAUCGGGAACAGGAGCUGGAGGUGGAGCGCAGGACACGGGAAAGGGAGGAAGAAGAGGCUGCCAUUAACCUGAGAGAGACACGAGAGCGGGAAAUUCAUGAAUUUGAUGAUGGAAGGAGACAGAGAGAAUCAGUGAGGUACGAGAGGGAGAGAGAGAUCUCAGUGGCAGCAGCAGAAGCCGACGUCAAAGUGCGCCGUGAGAUCCGGGAACGGGAGCCACGAGAGGAGCUGAGAAGGAGAGAACGUCCCCGUGAGGGUGAAGAAGUCAGAAGAAUUUGCCCCAGAAGGGACAGGGAAGAGCCCCUGAGGGAGAGGAGAAUCAAUCGGGAACAGGAACUGGAGGUGGAGGUGUCUGAGCGCCGCACGCGGGAAAGGGAAGAAGAAGUGGCCAGAGUCGGCCAGAGAGAGACACGUGAAAUUCGUGAGGCUGAAGAUGAUGGAAGGAGACAGAGAGAAUCAGUGAGGUUUGAAAGGGAGAGAGAGAUCUCAGUGGCAGCUGCAGAAGCCGACGUCAAAGUGCGCCGUGAGAUCCAGGAACAAGGUGAGGAGCUGAGAAGGAGAGAACGUCCCCGUGAGGGUGAAGAAGUCAGAAGAAUUUGCCCCAGAAGGGACAGGGAAGAGCCCCUGAGGGAGAGGAGAAUUGAUCGGGAACGGGAGCUGGAGGCCUCUGAGCGCCGCACGUGGGAAAGGGAGGAAGAAGAGACCGCCAUUAACCGGAGAGAGACACGGGAGAGACGAGAGCGUGAAAUUCGUGAACUUGAUGAUGGAAGGAGACAGAGAGAAUCAGUGAGGUUUGAAAGGGAGAGAGAGAUCUCAGUGGCAGCAGCAGAAGCCGACGUCAAAGUGCGCCGUGAGAUCCGGCAACGAGGUGAGGAGCUGAGAAGGAGAGAACGUCCCCGUGAGGGUGAAGAAGACAGAAGAAUUUGCCCCAGAAGAGACAGGGAAGAGCCCCUGAGGGAGAGGAGAAUUGAUCGGGAACAGGAGCUGGAGCUGGAGGUGUCUGAGCGCCGCACGCGGGAAAGGGAGGAAGAAGAGGCCGCCAUUAACCGGAGAGAGACACGGGAGAGACAAGAGCAGGAAAUUCGUGAACUUGAUGAUGGAAGGAGACAGAGAGAAUCAGUGAGGUACGAGAGGGAGAGAGAGAUCUCAGUGGCAGCAGCAGAAGCCGACGUCAAAGUGCGCCAUGAGAUCCGGGAACGGGAGCCACGAGAGGAGCUGAGAAGGAGAGAAUGUCCCUGUGAGCCUGAGGAGGAAGCAGAACCAGAGAGGAGAAUUUCCCGAGUCAGAGAAAGGGAAGAGGCCGUGAGGGAGAGGAGAAUCAAUCGGGAACGCAAACUGGAGGUGUCUGAGCGCAGGACACGGGAAAGGGAGGAAGAAAUCCAGGAACAAGGUGAGGAGCUGAGAAGGAGAGAACGUCCCCAUGAGGGUGAAGAAGUCAGAAGAAUUUGCCCCAGAAGGGACAGGGAAGAGCCCCUGAGGGAGAGGAGAAUUGAUUUGGAACGGGAGCUGGAGGCCUCUGAGCGCCGCACGUGGGAAAGGGAGGAAGAAGAGGCCGCCAUUAACCGGAGAGAGACACGGGAGAGACGAGAGCGUGAAAUUCAUGAACUUGAUGAUGGAAGGAGACAGAGAGAAUCAGUGAGGUUUGAAAGGGAGAGAGAGAUCUCAGUGGCAGCAGCAGAAGCCGACGUCAAAGUGCACCGUGAGAUCCAGGAUCGGGAACCACGAGAGGAGCUGAGAAGGAGAGAAUGUCCCUGUGAGCCUGAGGAGGAAGCAGAACCAGAGAGGAGAAUUUCCCGGGUCAGAGAAAGGGAAGAGGCCAUGAGGGAGAGGAGAAUCAAUCGGGAACGCGAACUGGAGGUGUCUGAGCGCAGGACACGGGAAAGGGAGGAAGAAGUGGCCACAAGAAACCUGAGAGCAACACAGGAGAGACGAGAGCGUGAAAUUCAUGAACUUGAUGAUGGAAGGAGACAGAGAGAAUCAGUGAGGUACGAGAGGGAGAGAGAGAUCUCAGUGGCAGCUGCAGAAGCCGACAUCGAAGUGCGCCGUGAGAUCCGGCAACGAGGUGAGGAGCUGAGAAGGAGAGAUCGUCCCCGUGAGCGUGAGGAAGAAGCAGAGCAAGAGAGGAGAAUUUCCCAAGGCAGGGAGAGGGAAGAAGCCCUGAUGGAGAGGAGAAUCGAUCAGGAACGGGAGCUGGAGCUGGAGGCCUCUGAGCGCCGGACACGGGACAGGGAGGCAGAAGUGACCAUCACUGACCAGCGGGAGGCACGUGAGGAGAUCAGGCUGGAGGUCCUGGAGGAAGAAGAGGAGGAGGAGCUGGAGCAGGGCCGGUGCCGUUACCAGACCCUGGACGUGGACACCGGUGAUCUCUGCCCCCUGGGACAGGAGGCGCCCGUCAGUGACCUCAGGAUCCGGUACCUCCCCGCCGACCCCGAUGUCCGGCCCGAGGUCCGGCUGCUCCCCGAGCCCGUGGAGCCUCAGACCGUUGCCUACUUGGUGCACGUGAUCCAGAACCUGGAGGACCCCAAGGCCGCCACCUACGAGAUCGUGUGCCACGAGCCCGGCCAGCGGGGCCGGCCCGUGCGCGUCCGGACCUGCUCCGUGUCCCCGCGGCCCCCGAGUGACCGCGGGGGCCACCACGAGGCGCUGCCAUCCGAAUGCCAGGAAAACCCUGAGGGUCUGGAUGAGCCCCGGGAAAAAUCUGGAAAAGAGGUGAAGGGUGGAGCCCUCCGGGAUUCCACUGAGCCGGAGGCUGUGAAAGGUGAGCGGGUGAAAUCCAAGGAGAUCCAGAGGCGCCCCGAGAUCCCUGAGGUGGAGCAGGGUCAGCCGCAGGGUGAGGCGCCCCAGAAAGUCCCACGGGAGCCCGGAUCCGGCUGCCAGCGGAGAGAGCGUGAGGACAGCGAGGCCAAGAGCUGCAUCCCCCCGGAAUGUCGGGAUCCGGAGCGGAGAGACCCCGGAGAGACCCGCAGAGAGGGAACCCAGGAGGGUGAGGAGGCUCCUGAGGAGGAACCCAGCAAAAGGAGCCCCCGGGAAUCCAACAAUUCCCAGGUUUCUCGGGAAGGUGGCACCAAGCAGGGCCAGGAGGCCCCGCAGGAGGCCCCGAGCCGCCCCAGGGAUGAAUCCAAGACAUCCUGA